AUGGAGCACGACCUCCUCAUACUCAUCGAUGCGACGGCGUCGAUGGGUCAAUAUCUCACAUCCCUGAACACCUCCAUUCCCCAGAUUAUCUCCAUCUCUGCCCUUACAGGAUGCUUCUCACGAGUCGGACUCCUGGCAUACCGCGAUUACUGCGACGCCCAGCUGCUUGAAUGGUCCGGAUGGCGCGAGGAAUCCAAGGGCGCCGGUACGGAUCAGCCCGACCUUCUCGCUCUGGCAAAGUCGUUAGAGCCAUGCGGAGGUGGUGAUGCACCAGAGGCUGCGAAGACGGGCCUUGCUAAGGCGUACGAGAUGAUGCGUCCAGAGGCGAAGACCACCAUCUUGUUCUAUACAGAUGCCCCCCCUCACCUUGGAGUGGCGGAUAGACAGACCAAGGAUCGCGGUCACGUCUCCAACGGUAUAUUGGAGAAAAGAGCACUAUCAGAACCGUCGUCGUAUGGUGGUUUUGGUCCAAACUUCGUGGACUGGGUUUCAGCCUGCAAUUUCCUCCGCAAGGGCGAGAAAGCUGUGCAGGUGUUUUGUCUGCUUGCCUCUUCGAUGAGCUGGAUAAGCUGUGGUCAUUACAUUUAUCUAUCUACCAUGACCGGUGGUGCAUGCAUGAUUCUCGAAAACUCGAAGCCUACAACCAUCUCCAGGGUGACGAUUGAUCUGCUACUCUCGUGGAUGGGGGUCGAAUCCACGAACAAUGCAUCCGACAAGGGCAGUGCAGACGAGUCACUGGCAACAUUGGGUCGUUACAAGUCCAUUGAUAACAUUAAGAAGCUCCAAGACGAGCGCGAUCCGAACGCUGGGCGUUAUUUCCUCACACCUUCGGUCCACUCUAAUAGAGUACCUAUCCAUGAGAAUGUUGCAAAGGCACCAAUGACCCCGGAUAUAUCGAAGAAGUUUCUCCCAAAGAAAGAUGUCCCGGUUACAAACUUUGCAACGGCCUGGUCCACCGACCUCGCCUACCGAGCCCUGGCCCUCAAACACCUAAAGAAGAUUAUAGAAUUCGAUGUCAGGGCGAUAUCGGUCAACCCCGUCUUUGGGAGUCUCUGGAGGACAAUCUGCAGUGAUAGAACCUGUGAUUCACGGCAGGAGCUUCUUGAUGCGUUCAGCUCGGAGGUGAGCAGGGUGGAGAACGCAGAAGAUAGGGAGGCUCUGAAAACCUGGUUGGAAGGCUCCUAUGAUUAUACUGCAGAGGUUCUUGAGCUCAUCGACCGUGUUCCAAGCGAAGAGAGGUUCCCAUGUGUUUUCCUCGAUCCAACACUUGACUUUACCCCAGCAAGAGCAGAAACCGAGGAUGAGUCCGGGAAACCUAUCACAGCUCUCACCAGGGCCGAUUUACUGGAGAUUGGCAGAUCGUGUGACCCUUCGAUCCUCCGACGGCUUGGGCGGAUCCUUACUCAACUGACUUAUGUCGAAACUGAGGCUGACUUGCCUGAGCAUAUUGCAAAUUCCACUCAGGACCAGGUUCCCCAGAUCCCCAUGGCACUAGCUAGCAAGGAGCAUAACCGUCAAUUCUGGAGAAUCCUCUUGCAUCUUAUUGUCCCGGGGACAAUGCUGGCAUCUCGCCCUGCAGCCCUUCUUGCGGCCUUGAGCUUGCAUCUUGGAAUCACGCCCCUCACGCAGGUAGCAGAGCGUGAAGCACUUGGCUUUAGAAACAAGUGGAAUGACCCCGAGACCCCGGAGACCUGGGCUAUCCCAUGCCUGAAUCUGCUGCUCAACGCAGACAAGGCGUAUACCGAGCGACAGGCACAACUUAAAGCAUCAUCUGAAAUUUCCGACGUCUCCAGCAAGAAACCAGCAACCUUGUUGAAACCAAGUGAUAGAGAGCUCUUCGAACAGCUAAUUGCAUAUAGAAUGCUAGAGGUUAACCUUCAGAGCACUCUGACCGCAAGGAUCGGUUGGACCCCUGAAAAGACCAUGGCGCCUAUGGGGCCAACGGUCGCUUGUCGAUCUUGCAAAUACCCAAGGUCAGUCAGUGUCAUGGACCGUAACAGCAAAUGUGGUCUAUGCGUCUUCUCCUCACAGAAUGAAGGCUAUCAGAAAAUCAUAGACAUUGGGGUUUCAAAGGAAGAUGGUCCGGAAACACUGGCGACCUGGGUGGAAUGCUGCGUGCAAACCUGUAGAGCACAGUACGUGGUAUAUGACGUCGACUCUCUACGAGUGAGAGCGAAAUGCCAUUACUGUAGAGCGAAAGGUGCAUCCGUACCUGCUACGCAUAACAAGCACCCUGACGCUCCCUGGAUUGAAUGCCAGCAGUGCUUGAACCGAUUUAUCUGGCCUGUCGAAUAUCGUCCUCCUUCUCUUUCCGCCUCCAAAUUCAUCUGCACUCCCUGCACCUCUGGGCGGGAAACAGUGGUCGACGUCGAAACCACGGCCAAGAAGAUCUCAGCUGAAAAUUCUUAUGCAUGGCUGGUCUCCGAUAGUCAGAAGCCGGAUACCUGCCCUUUCACUGGCCGCUCAUUAUACCAUACUAUAUCCACCAUUGGAACUGAAAAUUUUAUGUCCCGGAUGAAACUCUUCCCACCAACAAAGGAGAUACUGACCAUAAAGGGGAAGACUAUACAAAAUACCCCCGCGCUGAUUUCAACGCUCCAGGACCUGAUUUCACGCCGUCAAACUAUCAAAGCACACUGCUCCCUAUGUUUUUCAACUUUCCGCCCUGACGCACUGAACCCUGCCUGUGGACGCAGAGGUUGUCUACAGCGUGUCUGCCGUGACUGCCUCUCAGGAUGGUACGGACUAAAUUCGGCAGGCCGAAUCUUAAACGUCGGUGCACUAUCCUGUCCAUUCUGUCGAAGGUUCCCAUCUGCCAAAACUCUAGCGAAUUAUGCAAUGGGUGUCCAGGCGGUUGCCAACCUGGCAGUGGCGGUCGCAGAAAGAGGAACCUGGAUAUACGCGUGGUGUAUUAUCUGUUCAUCUGCAAAACAGCUAAUGGAACGAGUAUGUGCUCAGGGAGCACCCCCUGAAGUUUCCGGCUGGGUAUGUAGGGAGUGUGUGCAACGACAGGAGGAGAUUGAACUUGCGCGAAUCGCUGAGAUUGAAGACGCUGAAUACGCCGCAGCAAUGCAAGAAGCUCUCCUAGCCAAGAGGCUAAGUAAGAUAAAGCCCUGCCCAGGGUGUGGAGUGAUGACGGAGAAAAUUGAAGGCUGUGCACAUAUUACAUGUCCAGUGAAGAAAUGUAAACUGGAAUGGUGUUAUUUCUGCGGUCGUCACUUUCCAGGUAUGGAUAUAUAUGAACACAUGAAUAACGAGCAUGGCGGGAUAUAUGACGCCGAAGACGAAGGAUUCGUGGAGGUUUAUGAUAAUGAAUAA